UAGUGUUUUACGUAUAUAACCCAUCAUUGUUCGUGUAUAUAGUGAAAUCAUAAUCAAGAGAUUCAUAAUAUACAAGUUCAAUUUCAAUAUAAAUGACGAAAGAAUUAUCACAGAAAUACGAGGUUUGAAAUGAACUGCCUGAGAAAUGGGGAGAACUUGUAUAGUACCUGGGUGCAAAAGUGGCACCUACAUCGAUAGAAGUAGAAGGGCUGAUUUAAAAUUACGUCAAAUCUCAGUUUUUACUGUUCCUAAGAACGAGGAGAGACGCAGCGAAUGGGAAAAAAUACUCGGCUGUAAAUUAGAGACAAAACACGCUGUUUGUCAGCUUCAUUUUGAAGCAAAAUAUAUUAGAAAGUGUGAAAAAAUCACUUUAAUAGAUGGUACCAUUUUUGAGUCACCCCACAAUCGUUAUGGUUUAGCAAGAGAUGCUGUGCCAACACUGGAACACAUUCCAAUUGAUAUUGAGAAUGACAGUGGCCCUGCAGACAAAGCUAACCAAUGCAGAACUGAAAAAGAGACGGAGGUGGUUGAAUGCCCACCAUCAACGGAGAAUAGUGAGAAUGUUACCACUGAAAUGACAGAAAUUCCUAUAUGUUCUCCCACCCAAUUUACAAUAAAUCUCCUCAAAGAAGAGUUGAAAACAGCUGCGUUGCCACAAUCAUGGGCAUGGACUGGGAAAACAUUCGGAAUCACAUUUACCCUUCUGGACCCUUAUAAUUUUCAUCCACGAGUUCAACUGGAAGUUGCUCAAGAUCUAUCUGCUCAGAUUCGAACGAUUACAGACACGGUUAUACCACUGGCCGACCCUGUAACUUGUAUGACCGAUGUGUACGAUUAUCUGAAAAGUUUGAAAAAUCGUCCAAUUUGCAAGGGAACCGGUAUUGAAGAAGAAAGUCGUGAUCAUCGUUGCAUCGGCAUAUUGGAUGACAAUGAAGAAUACUUACACGCCCGGGUACAACAAAGAUGCACGAUGUGUCGAAUCGUUCGUCAAAAGUAUCAACAGAGGGUUCGGCGAAGUCAACUUCGCUGCGGUGAUAAAAAAAGUCGCAAAAAACCGCCGGAGAAGUCGAAGGAAAUUGAAACGAAACGUUCGGCAAAGGAGUCCUGACAAAACAAAGAAUGCUGGAGGAGAUUGACGCAGCUUGGGCGCGUCUCGGGGUCCAUUCGUAAACACUGAGCCAGAAAAUCGAUGGAUGCGAAUGUCCACGUGGGAAACAGAGAUCGUAAAGAACGUGAAAGUGUCGCGGGGCUCGGGCUGGAAAAUUCAUCUGUACUGGAACGUCUCGAUAUUCGUUUGUUGUCGCCCCGUGAUAUCAUCGUUUGAUGCCUGCUACAAAGACUUCCUGAAAUUUUUACGUACCCACUGUACUUUAUAGAAUGUUCAGAAUUUCGAACAUUCCGAUGUUCGCCUUGUACAGUUUCAUAUUACAAAUAAUCGUUAAGUAAUUUGUGAUAUUCUCAUAAGUAUUUUUAACAAACACCCUGAUUUAGUACAAAUUAAAACGAAUUCAGCUUCGA